ACAGCAAAGAACUGACGCCAGGAGCGUCGGCACUCAAACCCGGACUGUUUCUGCAGUCAGGGCUGGUGUGCAACACGGACCGGUGCAAACUUUACACCGUUUCAUCUUCACGCCAGGGCCGAGGCGCUUUAAAUUGUCAGAUAUGUCAGGACUUGUGAACUUGUAGCCGGGUUGCUGGAGUGCAAAAAACAAACAAACAAACAAACAACCCCCACACCGGAACAGGAGGUGACAACAAGUGACAGCAGCUGAUAUUGACAGGCAGUUCCUGCAACAUCCUGCAUUUGUGUUGACCAAUGGACGGAGAUGAAAUCAUGUAAGUGUGUACUAAUCUUACAGUGCCAUGGGGCCUCAUCUGCAUGUGGUUGGCCUUUCAUCAACCUGAGAGGAGCAUCUACAGUGUCGGAGCUGACGCUGGACUCAGAGCAGGAAAGAAAACCAGUUUUUUAUGGCUCAAAUAUUGCAGUUGAGGAGGAAGGAUCCCUGCCUGCACACAACAAUUUAAAAACCGGGACUAUGUUUAUUCUGCAUCAAGAAUUAUUGUCUGCAGCUCACCAGAGGAAUUUGUAUCUCAAGUCAGUUUCCAUAAGGAAGAGCACCUGUGUUUUUACACACUGGUCAGUCAGUGAACACAGCGCUGUGUGAAAAUGAGGAACUCAUUGUCUGGCCAUUUUCAACGAGUGCUGACUCAACCUAAAUGAGGAAGACAAUGAAGGUGGGAGUAAUGGAGCGUGGACCUCAAGGCAGGCUGACUGACCAACUGACUGACUAAGUGCGUGGGUUGCUCACUGACUGGAGCUGUGGCUAUCUGAGGAUUUUGAGGACACGUAGCCCUGGGCAGAUAGCGGCCGGGUUGGUGAAGCCCCAUGAUGGGGGAGACGGCAGAAUAUCAGAGGCUACAGGAGACGUCAGAGCCUGAAUACCAACGCCUGCCCAGCGAUGAUGAAGAGAAACUGGGCAGUAGCAUGCAGUGUGAGGAAGGCACAGAAUGGCUGCUGGAGCUGCUGAUGGAGGUGCAGUUGCAGCAGUACUUCCUGCGGAUUCGAGAUGACCUCAACGUCACGCGGCUGUCACACUUCGACUACGUCAAGAAUGAAGACCUGGAGAAGAUCGGCAUGGGGCGACCUGGGCAGAGACGACUGUGGGAAGCUGUGAAAAGGAGGAAAGCCAUGUGCAAGCGCAAGUCCUGGAUGAGCAAGGUGUUUAGCGGGAAGCGUCCAGAGGGAGGAGACUUCCCCCAGCAGGGCCAGCCGGCCUCCUCCUUUCGAAAGCUGUCUCCCACACCUCCCCUGGGCCUGGGGGAGGGAGUCCUGGCCGCACAGCCUGGAGGUGGUGCUCCCCCUGAUGGGCAGCAGCAAGGUCUGACCUGCCUCAUCCCUGAGAAGGACUUGACAUUGUUUGAGAAGCUUGGGGACGGCUCCUUUGGCGUUGUGAAGAGAGGAGAGUGGCUGACACCUGCAGGGAAGGUGCUGAACGUAGCUGUGAAGUGUCUCAAGACUGACGUGCUCAGCCAGCCCGACGCUCUGGAAGAUUUCAUCUGUGAGGUCAACGCCAUGCACUCCCUGGACCAUCAGAACCUCAUUCGCCUCUACGGUGUGGUGCUCACACACCCAAUGAAGAUGGUGACGGAGCUGGCUCCUCUUGGUUCUCUGCUGGAGCGUUUGCGAUGUGUUCGUCCACAGGGUCCCGUGUUGAUCCACACUCUUUGUCAGUAUGCUGUACAGGUGGCCUGUGGCAUGGCCUACCUGGAGCAGAGGAGGUUCAUCCACCGGGACCUGGCAGCCAGGAACAUCCUGUUGGCCUCAGCUCACAGAGUGAAGAUCGGUGACUUUGGACUGAUGAGGGCGCUGCCUAACAACCAUGAGCACUAUGUCAUGCAGGAGCAUCGCAAGGUCCCCUUUGCAUGGUGCGCCCCAGAAAGUCUGAAGACCAGGACAUUCUCCCAUGCUACAGAUACAUGGAUGUUUGGAGUCACUUUGUGGGAGAUGUUCACACAUGGUCAGGAGCCUUGGCUGGGUCUUAAUGGAAGCCAGAUUCUACACAAGAUUGAUAAAGAAUGUGAACGCCUCCCUAAGCCUGAGGACUGUCCGCAGGAUAUCUAUAAUGUCAUGCUACAGUGUUGGGCACAAAAACCAGAUGACAGACCUACUUUCGUCGCCCUGAGAGAGUUCCUGCUUGAGACCAUGCCCACAGACAUGUGUGCUCUGCAGGACUUUGACGAGCCAGACAAACUGCAGAUCCAGGUCAAUGAUGUCAUCACCAUCAUAGAGGGAAGGGCAGAGAACUACUGGUGGCGAGGUCAAAACAAACGUACUCUUAAGGUCGGACAGUUCCCCAGAAACGUGGUGACAUCAGUAGCGGGUUUGUCAGCUCAUGACAUAAGCCGGCCACUCAAGAACAGCUUCAUCCACACAGGACACGGAGACACCAACCCUCAUCGCUGCUGGGGCUUCCCUGACAGGAUUGAUGAUUUGUACCUCGGGAAUCCCAUGGAUCCUCCUGACGUUCUGGGUUUAGACCUCAGUGGGACUCGGCCCACACAGCUACCAGGACGAGCUAAAAAGGAACCUCCUCCCCGUCCUCCUCAACCAGCAGUGUUAAUCAAGAGUAAGUCUGGUUUCUCUCAGCAGCUCCUCACCCAUUGCUCCUGCCCUCUCUGUUCCCUCCUAGCUCCACUCCUCAAAGAGCCUUGUUACGAUCCAGUAAACGAUGAUGAAGAUCUGACCCCUGCAGGACUAAAGAGAUUAUCGCUUCGGAAAACGGGUUCUGUCAAAGGCUUAAAACUUAAACCUGCUGCAUGGGUCUCCGCUUCCAAACAGGGGAGUAGCCGGACUUCAGGCUCAGGCUGCAACCCCAACAGUGAAGUGUCCCUCAUUGACUUUGGGGAGGAGUUCCCCCCAACCACACCCUCCCCCUCCCCUGUAGUUGAAAUUCAGAUCCCCUCACUGGCAAAGCUGGCUUUGGAAGCAGAGAACAUCCUGGAUCGGACUCCUCCUCAGAGUCCAUCUAGAUCAUUGCCCCGACCCCUUCACCCCACACCAGUAGUGGACUGGGAUGCAAGGCCAUUACCCCCACCCCCAGCCUAUGAUGAUGUAGCCCAAGACGAAGAUGAUAUGGAGGUGAGCUCCAUCAACAGCUCCGAGCAGCAGCAUGGGGAGGAACAGAGUGAUGUCUGUAACCCAGAUGAGGCUGACAAGGCUGUCUCUGCUGGACAGAAGGUGCAGGGUGAGGUGCUUGUCUCCAGGGGUUCAGACAGACCAGGCCUGGAGGAUAAUCUCUUUCUUCCUAGCAAGCAGAGCCAGGGCCUGUCCACAUCUUUCUCCCAGUCUGCUGAAAUCUUCCAAGAGCUCCAGCAAGAGUGCAUGAGGAGGCUCAACGUACCAACAGGAAGCGCUGCUAGGUCGAGCUCCCCAUCCCAGACCUCUGCUUCAGCUCCCCAGUCUCCUCACACCCUUCAGACCCAGGACACACAUCAACAAAGCGUCUUCUCCUCCAAUGAAGACAAACCCCAGAUCCCCCCACGUGUCCCUAUCCCCCCUCGCCCUAUAAAAAGGGGUGACUACACAUCUGCUCGCUGGUCAAGGGAUCUCUCUCUGUCACCAACGCCAGCAGACACCACAGAGGACCUCUCAGGCCCAGACCAGAACCGACCACCUCAGAUCCCUCCAAGGGACCCUCUGUCCCAGACAGGCUCCAGGACUCCUAGCCCCAUGGGCCUGGUAGUGGGCUCUCCCCAGCAGAGAGUCUACUCUGUCAGCCCCACCACCAUGCAGGCUCCCCUUACCUCCUGCCCCCACACACACACCUACGGCUCCUACCUCUCCACCUCUCCAGGUAAACUCAUGCCUACCACACACAGCUUCGCCUCAGAUCCUAAAUAUGCUGCACCCAAAGUGAUCCAGGCCCAGGCGCAGGGGAAGGACCCCGCCAGCAAGGGUCCCUGCAUCCUCCCCAUCGUACGUGAUGGACGUAAAGUCAGUAACACCCACUAUUACCUUCUGCCAGAGAGACCGCCAUACCUUGACAGAUAUGAUCGCUUCUUCAGGGAGGCAGAGAGCCUUCCUGUCAGCAGUGUGGAGGAAAGGCAUGUACGGCAAGCUAACACCGCCACUGUCAGACCCAUGGUGGUCAGCAGCCAGACUGUCCAGGGACAUGCCCAGGGACAGGGCCUUGUCCAGCCAGGCGAGCUGAAAGCUAAUUUCUCCUCCAACAAUAACAGCAGUCUGGGUGGACCACGGUCAGGGAUGAAGACAUCAGUUAGUCUCCCUCGUGUCUGCUCAGAUGGGCUGACAGCACCAGUGGUCAGUGCUUCCUGUACCAGGACAGAUGGAGGAGGGAACUCAGCUGACAGGGUCAAAAUGGUGCAGGAGGCAGUUCAUGGUGUGACAAUAGAGGAGUGCCAAGCUGCCCUCCAGAACCACAACUGGAAUGUCCAGAAAGCUGUGCAUUACUUAAAGGUGGAGCAGUUGUUCUGUUUGGGUCUGAGGAGCAGGUCAGAGUGUCUAAAGCUGCUGGAGAUAUGUGACUGGAACCUGGAGGUGGCCAGCACUCAGAUGUUAGAUAACUAUGGAUCCACAACAAGGCAGAGACGGUGACAGAAACCUCAAGCUGCUGAGCUCUGAUUGGAACUUCAUCCUCAGUAAAACAUCAUCAGAGGAGGUGAAUCUGUCCCUGACCCUUUCUGUUUGAUGCUUCAGUCACACCUCCAAUCAGAAGACUAUAAUUUAAGUAUGGAAGAACCAAGCACAUUAUCACUGAACUAGCACAAAAUACCAAACUUAAUUAUAACUCCAUUCAUACUUACUAUGGAUUCAGUAAUAUAGCCUGGGGGUGGAAAAAUAAGACUUUGGGUCAUAUUUUGACUUUUGUCUGAAAGAUAUAUCACUUGUUGCACUUAUUAUAAAAUUUUAGACCACCAUCCACAGUCACCGUUAAAAGGCAAAAAAGGCUCAUUUGUACAUUCAGGAUCACUGAGUCAGCCUGAAAUGUGUCACUCCAACAGAUCCAUCACAGAAUCUAGGUGCUACCAUACUGUCAGAUCCUCUCACUGGUAUCAUCACUGCCAUGAUUAUACCGUUGACCUACUACAGAGAGACACUUAAAUCUUUUCCUUUGCUAGUGUCAUUUAAGAGUUGGAAGUGAAUUAAGAGGCUAGAAUGAAAUAAGUAACACAAUAUACACAGUAGUGCUUUUUAAAAAAGGUAUUUUGUGAGAAUAUGACAAGAACUUUUUGACAGUUUGACUGAAAACUGGUAUCUCAUUCACUGAUCACUGAAUUGAACCUAAAUACUGUACAGUGUAUGUACAUGUAGGUUAUAAAAGGUUAAUUAAUCAGCUGUAUUGCAGCUAUAGGAUCUGUAGUGCCACUUGAAGCGAUUGUUUUCAAGAGCAAAUAAAUCAUAUUGUAUCUCCACAACAUCCAUGCACAACAAAACACAAAGCUAAUAUUUAACUGGCUUUCCAUGCCACACUGCACAGGAAAUCAUUUUGCCUGUUGACUGUUAUUAAGAGGUGUGGAGAUAUGAUUAUGAAGACUGUCUGCUGCUGAAAGCCUGUGGAGGAAGAAUGUGCAUUUUAUAGCUUAGUGAGGAAAGUUGGUAUUGAUGCAGUGCUGCACACUCUGUGCUGAAAGUCAAAGGUCAAAUCAGUCCAGUGUUGACUUGAAUCAAGAGAAUUAAUGGAAACAGGAGAUCAGAGAAGCAGUUUGUCCAAGACUCCUUUUAAAGACCUACAAAACUGUCUAAUUUAUAUUCAAAGGGUAUGAACAAUAUACCCUUUGACAUUCAUGUAUUUGUGAACAAAAUAAUAGUAUAUUAUAAUAGUAAUAUAUUUUAACACAAUGCUUAGGGAGAAGAGAAGACUGUCAUGUCCAUCAGUCCAUCACAGGCCAUUUUUUUAAAUAAAUAUUCUGUGUGUCCCCUUAAGUCUUUGACUAUAGCACAAAUAAAGAGAAUUCAGAAAGAACUCAUUUAAAUUCAUCUAUUGCACAAAGCUGUCUAGGUCUUGAUUAUGUAAAAUGGGAUUCUUUUGCCAUGAUUUGUGCGUAAAUUAGAGAUUUUUUCAAGCUUAAACAUAAGAGCAACUCGCCAAACUGCUCAGCUCCCUUCACUCCAACAGAAAUGUUUGCUUUCUGGAAGAAGUCACAAGGACAUUUUACUCUGGAAAUUCAGCAAAGAAUGUAACAAUUAAAAAAAAAACUCCAGCUGAAUAAAAGCUCAGUGCAGUGCAGACCUGUAGCAGAGCUGAGCUGCUGUGGUUUCUUGAUGUCUUGAUAGCAGUACUUGUAGUCACUCAUCAGUAAGACUCGGGGUAGUUUCCUUGGCCAAAUGAAAACAACUGACGACAUCAUCACUGCUGUUUAUUUCCAACAUGUUAACUGAAGUCUGCAAAAACUCUUUCCCUUCUCAUUAGUCACUCACAACAUCGUUAGCAUUGUUUCCUCUUUUUUGUCUGUGCUACUGGUCAGCAGUUGUCACUGACUGUUACCAUGUCAACACAGCUCUUAGUUCUGAGCUUCGGGGGUGGGUGGCUAACUCUUUAGACUUAAAGUAAGUUGGUCUUUAUUUUUGUUCAACAGUCUAAAAUAUUUUUAUGCGACUAGCCCCUGAUCUAUGACUAUUGUCACAUGUGGCUCAAGAAGAAAUAAAGGCCACACAGUUCCCACACCCCAGAUAUAGUCUUUCCUUGUUCCAUCCCUCUAAGCACUUUGCCCACACAGAACUCCUGUGCAUCAGCUGAAAACUUCUGCCAGCUUGGUAUUUUCUGCAUGCGCCGGGACUACGUUGGCAGCUAAUAACAGCAGCAUAGUGAAAUUUACCCCAAGGUCCUGUCCCAUAAUCAUCACUUAAAACCACAACUGUGAUAUUUUGGUCAGCAGCCUUAGGGGCAAUAAUUUUAAACUUCUAGGACGUGUCAGCUCUGGGUGAACUCAUUGCUGGACGUGACAAUACAUUUUCUGACUGUAGUGUCACAGUUGAGCUCCGAGCAAUGAACGGUUUAAAACUCAGUCAGCAUAGAAAACAUUGGGCCUGUCCUGCUUUCUAGUUCAGAUAUGCCAGUAUUUGAGGGAUCUACUGAAAGGAAGGGCAAUAAAAGGCAUUCCACAUGCUUUGACUUUGGCUUCUUCACUAAUAUGUAGUCCAAAUGACCAAAUGUUUAAAAAAAAAAAAAAAGUUGAUGUUGGUCAACACACACUCCCUAUGGUGCUUCUCUCUAUAGCAAAAAAAACCUGUUUUGCCAACUGGUACCCAUCCAUUUAAUUAUAGUAUAAAUGUCUAUCUCCACAUGUAUGCCCUGGCUUUGUUCCAAACCAACCAACCCCUCCAUAUGUCCACAAAACCCCUCCAGUAUGUGACACGUCUGAGCACAGUCUGUUUGGGCAGAGACUUCAGAAGGCUUCUAAAAAAGCUAAUAUGGUGCCACAACAAGUGUGCUAUCUGCUUGAGUAAAUUAAGAGGCUUUAAAAAGAGCAAAAAAAAAAGAAAAAAAAAGAAAGAUGUUUUGAAUAUUUAUAAAGGAUGUACAGGACUGAUUUUAGAAAAACACCCUCCAGUCAAAGCUUUCUCCUGUGUGCAAUAAGGCUGCUGUAGAACCUGUAACCUCCCAGUCUGUCCAUCCAAUCAUGAGCUUUCAUCAUGAUGUUUCCUGGUAAUUAAAUGCACAUGAAUCACUGUUUUCAAGUGUUUUGUGACUCAGUUUUCCUCCCCACAGUAAGAAGUAGUUGUCCUUAAACACUGAUCCAGAGUCGGUUUUGCUAUCUCCUAUCUGGAAUGUGUUGUGGUAAAGCAGACUGUAAACCAGUGCAUGAGGACAACUUGAUGUGAGGGCUGCCUCCACAGUCUGUCCAUGUGUUGUUUGUCUUUAUACCAAGCUGCUGUAGUUGUAUUAGAAGGACUGAACCUUGUGGUGUUAUGAUCAACCCAAAGCAACAUUGUCCUGUUGUGUCGUGUUGACAGUGAUGUUAUAAAAACGCUGUUCAGUUCUGUUUGGUCUUUGUUUGCCAGAUGAGUUUCUUCAGAAACUGUCUGCUAUUUUAAAGUCUUGUUUUUUGCUGUUUUUCCUUAAAACACACUUGCCAUUUCUUCCUCAUUUGUAUGUGUUUGCUUCCCAGAAUGUGGUUUAUUUUAAAUGCCUACUGUACAGCUGGUUGUCAUUGUUUUUCUCCUUCUGGAUUGAUGGAAAUAUUCAAGAGAAGUUCAUGCUGCCGAAUUUAUAAAUGUAUUUUUUAUUAAAGAAUUAAUUAUUUUUUA